CCCGUCCUGGACGAAAGUCUUUCCCGCUCCGUCGCACGUAGGACGCACGUUUCCUCAUCCUGACGCUCUCGACGUUCUCGACGUUCUCGACUCGUUGCUCCAUCGGACUCGUGAUCGGUCGUCGCGUUUCCGGUUCCCGUGAGCAUCGCGCGGGAGAACGUCGGUCACGAUCAUGCGAGCGAUCGCUUGACGUGGGUGGAUUUAGGGAGGAUUAGUUUGGUGCAUGUUUAAUGGUGGUGUUCGCGGGAAGAGGAAGGAAAUGUUCCGUGAUCGAUAAGGUCGAUUGAAGGAAGCGAGGGAACAGAAUUCUCACGGAUGCUGGAGCGAAGAGCGCGAUGGUAACGAUGAUAGAUCGAGGACAGUCGCGCCUGGCGAUCGUCUAAGGAUAUGGAAGUGGUUGAUGCUACCGAUCCAUCGUCGUUCCGUCGCCAUCGUUAUUGGGUUUACGGUGAAGAAAACAGAAUCCAGUGUCAGUGUAGCUUCAUCGUAUCAGGCUCGAGUCAUGAAGGGAUCCCACGAGAAACGCACGAGUGAACGAUUCUGACGGAAAGACUCGAGGAACGAGAUUGCGUGAUUCGUUGGAUAAGUUCGGAUAAGUUCAUCAGUGUCAUCAUCCUAUUUCAAAAUCCCUGUGUAUUAGGCUGCGAAUAUAGCUGUUGUUAAAUUUUUUUCGACGUUUCUUUAUGUGUGUACCUGCCUGUGUGUUUGUGCCACGCAGCGCGUCUCUUACGUGACGUAAGAAGAUCCAUAAGCGUGACCAUAAACGCGCCUUUGUAAUUCGUCUUCUGCUUUCGCGUGUGGCUCACCUUCGGUGAGCGAUCAUCGUGCCAACCUGUCGCUCUCGGAAGUGGUGAACCUGCUGGGCCUCGCCGACGACGACGAGGUCCAUGCGGGCACGUCGGAGGAGAAUAGAAAACGCGCCUUGUGGCAGUUUUAUUCCACGGGUAUGCUCACCCACAGUCACAGCGACGGAGAGUUCCCGAUCUACUCGCGGGCGAAAAAACAAAAUGGUGCCGCUCUGCGAACAAAUAGUUUGGGUUCAGGUGCGAGGACACCGCCCUUGGAAAGGAAAAGUAAAUUUUCUGCCCUCGGUAGACUCUUUAAACCAUGGAAAUGGAAGCGGAAAAAGAAAUCGGAUAAAUUUGAGGCCGCUUCUCUGUCGCUCGAGAGAAAAAUCUCGGUACGUGCCAGCAGAGAUGAACUGGUGCAGAAAGGGAUAUUGCUGCCCGUGAUACGAUCGACAUCGUUUCCGGAAAAUGAAACGAUAAGCGAGCCGGCGACGGACGCGCAAAAACCACCGUCGCCGCAGCAAACGUCUCAGCAACAGCAACAACAGCAGCAGCAGCAACAGCAGCAACAACCGCCCGGCGGUACCGUGGCUGCUGGCACCGGGGGUGGCGACAGCACCCCCGCGGCAACACCCACGUCCGCCGGUAACGUGCAGCAAUCCCAGCAAUCCCAGCAAGCGGUACCAUCGGCCACGCCAACCCCGACGACUGCCAACCCGCAUUCUACUGCAGGACCGCCCAGCAGCAAUCAACCAUCGCCCCAUCCCUCGCCCCUCUACCCCGUGAUGCCACAGCAGGCCGGCCAGCCCAACGGCAGCACGCAAGUGGACAAGGGGGUGCUGGAUCAGAGCGCCGACAAUCAGCAAGUAAUCGAGAGGUGUUAUCCGUUACCACCUCAGAAUACUCUGAUGCUGUCGGAACUCCCAGAGCCGCCGAUUCCGUUGAGUGAAAUCGGCCCGAUACCACCCCCGCCCAUGUUCAGCUCCCCGAGUCCCACUUUGCUGGCGAGGCAACGGCAAAUCCCGCUCUCGGACUGCGAGGACGAGGUAGACGAGGAGGACAUCGAUGUGGAGGAGGAAGAGGACAACAUGUACGUCUUCAGGGUAUCGCAGCCCGAUCCGACGAUCGACACGUCUCGUGUCGAGGAGAUACCGGCGAAGGAACCCAAGUUCCAUGCCGUGCCACUGAAGAGUGUCCUGAAGAAACGGGGUUCCGGAAGUGGGCCCGGCACGCCGCAAAACACGCCGACGCAAGAGAACAGGCCGCUGACGCUUCGCCAGGAGCUCCACGCCUCGUUCAAAAGGCCACCGUUGAGGCCUAGGAUGAGAAUAUGCAGUCGACCGGUCAGAUUCGGCCUUGCUCUACCCUGCACGCUGGAGAACAAGGAGAACGCAAGGCCUUACGUCAUCCGAGAAGACGCGGACGGCGAUUCCGGCGACGGACAAGUCCUCUACAGAGAUGAUUACGAUGACGAGAAAAGCCGUUUGGCAGCCAAGAUCGCACGCAAGGAGUCGCUUUCGCUGAAGCUCGCCCUCAGGCCAGAUAGACAGGAACUCAUCAACAGGAACAUUCUUCAGCUGCAGACUGACAAUGAGAGGCAGGAGACGAAGGAGGCCAUUGGCGCCAAGCUUAUCAGGCGGCUGAGCAUGCGGCCGACCCAGGAAGAACUUGAGGAGAGAAACAUUCUGAAAAAGCAAAGCCCCGCCGAGGAAAAGAAACAGAAGGAAGAAAAGAAACGCUAUCUCCUGCGAAAGUUGAGUUUCCGACCGACUGUUGAAGAACUCAAGGAGAAAAAGAUUAUCAGGUUCAACGACUAUAUCGAAGUAACGCAGGCUCACGAUUACGACAGAAGAGCCGACAAGCCUUGGACGCGGUUAACUCCGAAGGACAAGGCUGCCAUUAGGAAGGAGUUGAACGAGUUCAAGAGUUCGGAGAUGGCCGUUCACGAGGACAGCCGACACCUCACCAGGUUCCAUAGGCCAUGACAAUUGCAAUGUGUUGAGGUGCUACAGUGUGGUGCGGGUAUACGUGAAGGUGCAGUGUGGUGGCUUCGUGUUGAGGCUGGGUAAAGAAAGAAGGAAGAAAAAAUCGGCUAUCGUUACUUCCGGAUUUAAAACCGGAAUAUGCGAUAUUUGUCCGAUCGGUGAUUUUUUUGACGUUGUUGCGUCGUGUCAUCGUUCGUCGUUGUCGCCAGGUAUCAUCCAUCGACAUUUCUUUCGUCAUCGUCAUUUACAUACGUCAACGAUGAACGCCAUCACAACGUCGACGAAGAUUGUGAUAGGGUGACUCGCCGCCCCGUCGAAGAGGACUUCGCGGGUCGCUCGCCGAUUUCUUUUCAUAAGGGUCGUUCACACCCGUGCUUAGCUGAGCAAUUCUUCGCGCUUUCUAUCCAACUACUCUUCAUCUUUAUAUCUUCGAUACUGAUCUCGUUAGUACGUGCGUCAAGACGUUUAUAUUCUCAAAAUAUCUUGAAAAUAUUCUUCAAACUUUGCGCGAGAAAUCCUCAAAUACGCUACGCGCGACUAUCUUUUUCUUCACAUUAAACGACAUCAUUGAAACAAAACCUUGACCUAUCUUCCGGUUUAGCUUUCAAAAGCUUGCCGUUGUGAAAAUCAAAACGCUGUAUAGUAAGUAAGACUUUUUUAUCGAAACGCUCACGUGUGUCUGCACGUUUAUGCUGAAUAAGAUCGGAAAACAUUUCUGGUUACCGUAUCAUGUCUCAUUCAUAAUUGACACUUCCUGUUAUGAAUUUUUUAAGUUGUUUUUCUUUGUUAUAUAAUAUAUUUAAAAAUCGUGUGAGAGAUGUAAGUACAUCUAUCACGAGUAUGUUUUAGCGAUAAAAAAAUUACGUGUGACGAAGUGUCACACGGAUACAUGUAUAGAUUAAUGUAUAGGUAAGGAGAAUGUAUAGAUUAAUCGCGUGUAAACUAAUCACGUUUAAGAUUAAGCGUGAGACUUCGGCGUAAUUCUAUGGAAACUACGAGCGCGCGUGUGAACAUACCCUUAACGUGUAAACACCAUUUUGCAAUCAAGCUAGCUCAUCAGUGUCACCUGGCAUCGUUGUAUAUGUAAAUGUCUCUAAAAUUUCGAAUCAUUGUAAGACAGACAUAUGUGAUAUAUUUCGUUGAUAUCACAAAAAGAAUACUCUAACCCUAUAAUGAUUAAACGGGAGAUACAUCACAUGCGAUAUCUCGUAAUGUCGAGAGUAAAGUUUGCUUUAGUUUAAAAAAAAUGUUUUAGUAUUAAUAUUUUUAUACGUUGACGAAUGAACAGCAGAGAAUUUCCGCAAAAUCAUUUCUUGAUAUAAUCCUCGUUUUUAAUGAUUAAGAUUACUCGGCUGACGUCCGAAAAUGUGAUUUACGAUAAUUCCAUGUUCUUACAAUUUUCGCGCGAUCCGCGUAGAGAGUAUUCAUUGCUUGAGAUUCACUAACAUAAUUGCAUAGUUUGUUAAGCUCUUCGUACACACCGCGCGAGGAAUGAAAACAACCAUUCAGUGUCUACGACAAUCGGUCGACUGCUCGAUCGACGAAACUGUUUUUCUUUACUGCCAGGUAUCACUCUCUCGUGGAGCUGCCUUGAGGAGCAAGCGCUUACGAUUUUAUCUAAAAAAAAAAAAAAUAUUAGAUGUACUCCAUUCGUGGGAAAUCAGAAAUGCAUUGUGCAAUUAAACUUUGUACAGAAGUAGGUAGCGUGUACAUUAAUAACUAUUAUUAUCAUCAUUGUUAUAUCGAUAUUAUUGCUAUAGGGACACUCUAUGGUCCUCGUUAAUUUCGAUCGCGUGCGUGCUUUAAUCGCGGAGUGCUAACAAAUUCAUUAUGAGCAGAUAUGCAGAUUAUUGUUCCAUCUUCGUUGAAUGCGAAUAAAUUUAUGAUAAAAUCUCGUAAAAAAUUAUAAAGCGCAUUUUCUAUAAAUACAUACAUUUGUUAUGUAUCUUAAAGGAUGCGUUCGUUUCAAUGAUCCGGCAAUAAAAGAAAGAUAUAUUGUUAAAAUUCUGGGGGAUCAUGGUAAUUUAUUAUGAGAUUAAUUUAUGCUCGCAUCAACUGUAUCGGAGCGUCAACAAUAAUAAUUAUUCUGCUCGUAUAAAAGCAAUCUGAUGAGUCAACAAUGAAUUGUAGUUCUAAAAAUUGUAGUUCUGUCUGUAAUACUGAUGGAGAAGAAAAAAAUGAAUUAGGCAGAAUUAGCGCUAAUUGACGUCGGUGACGACCGGCUCUUAGUAUCGAAAUACGUUCAGUCCGUUUUUCAACAGAUAGUAGAACGAAGAAAAAGUAGUCGCGUUACAAAUUGCCAUGUUGCGCGCAAAUUUAUAUCUAGAUUCUUAGAUGAUCGAAAGAACGAAGUCCAACGAGAAAGGAGAGAAAAAAAGAAAAGGUAAAAGAUGAGAAGGCACGUGCCUCGAUGUGCGAUGUCUUGCACGCUUAUCUCUGAAAGCUUCUUGCAUCCUCUUCCUGCUUAUCCUAUCCAGAUAAUGCAAAACCUUCCUGCUCACGUCAGCAUUAAAGCGACGAAGAUCCGUCACAUUUCUUGUUUUGGAGAACUGGCGAGCGAAACCAAAAAAAAA